AUGGAACCGUUCCCAGAAUAUGAAGGUCACCUGACUUUGACUGAGAUUAAGAAGAAACAUCCGGAACAUCCGGUAAACCGGAAACUGAUCAAAAUAUCAGAAGAUAAUCCUUUCAGAAUCAGCACUUAUCCCAGACCAGAGCUGCACGUGUCUCACCUGAGCCACAGCACUGGCCCGACAGGGCUGCAGGGCAUCCAGAAGGAUGGAGGUUUCAAGAAUCCAGGCGCUGACCAAGACUCAGGUCUGGUCUGGUUCAGUCUGAUGCCGACUCCUGCAGACCUAAGCGCCGCAGAAGGCCGGCCCAUGACGCUGGUGCGUCCUGGUGGUGAGGAGGAGGUCUGGAAUGGUGAUGUUACUCCAGGCCUCCUCCAGAGCUUUGCCACCUCCCCCGCCUUCUCCUCCAGCUCCCGAUACGGCGCCUAUCGUCUGACCUUUGACCUGAGCGAGGUGCUGGACUGCUACAGCGAGCAGGUGAACCCACACUGUCGUCACACUUUUCAGGAGAAACCAAAUUAA